AGAGAGAGAGAGAGAGAGAGAGAGAGAGAGGGGGGGGAGGAAAGAGCGAGAGGCGAAGGUAAAAUGAUGGAAAAAGGCUGCAGCAGGACUUGAACGGACGACGUCGACGACCAUGGACUGACAUAAGCCAUUAACAAAUUGGUCAGACUCGCAAAUUCUCAAUACCAGAUAAGACGGCUUGUUUGAGUGCUUCAAGAACAACGUGGUGCCAUCAGUUGUGCCGAACCGUGGUGCCGUGAAUCUUUAAGGGACUAGUUCAAGGGCCUUCGGGAAGAGUCCCUUCACACAAUUGAGAGCCAGAAAGAGAGAGGUCGGACCACAGCGUCAUUUUCUCCAUGCGGGUCACGCUUCGCCGCUUGCAAACCAUCUAAUCGGACCCCUUCUACUGACACGAAUUGCCGCUCCUCUGUUCCCCAUGGCUUGACAAACCACCUCCAACCCAACAGGAUCCUUGACCCCAAGUGGCCGACGCUCCCCGGUCAUCCAGGUCUAAGUCAUGGGGUCCACCUUUCGAUCCACCAUCGCCAUGUUGGUGCGCCUCGGCUUCUUGGUGUUUGUGCCAGUCACUUGGAGUCAGCACGGCUCAUCCAGACCAGCCAAUACUAAUCCAGGAAGCCUCUACAUGGGAUCGGAAGGAAGUCCAGGCACCUUGGGGUUGGAUGAAAGCAAUUACGAUUUGAUUCUCGACGAAUCUCCUCGGGGAGAAGUCGAGCGGCUGCUUCGAGACCACAAACAGAACCAGGACUUGGUUCGCAACCUAGGCUCACGUUACUAUCAGGUGGUGUAUCCGUUACAAGUCGGAAACCGAGAGAUGACCGGCGUGUCCACCAGAGAAAUCAACACUUUCGGCGCCACAUUUGGGGGUCGAGGAGUCAACGAGCCACCAGAUAGAGCACCAAUAUCCAGCCAAAAGCAUUUUCGACGCACAUCGUUGCUGAUCAGGGCGUUUCAGCACAAAUUCAUCCUCGAAAUGGAGCUCAACACACGCCUCCUCGCUCCCAAUAUUCGUCAAAAGGAGUUUCUCCAAGAAGGAGCCGUGUCCGUUACUCAAGAGGAUCUGGAGCACUGCUAUUACCAUGCCACCGUCAAGGACUACUCCGGGAGCGAAUUCAUCCCCGGCUCCAUGGCCGCCCUUCACACCUGCAACGGAGUGUCCGGCAUCGUCCACUUAGGCAACGAAACUUUUGUAAUCCAGCCCUUCUAUGGCGGAGACUUAUCGAGUAAGCAUCCCCAUGUGAUAUACGAGUAUUCAGACAAAUCUCCACAAGGCUGUGCGGUCACGGGCAACUACGAUGCUCCCUCUAUCGGUCGAAAGCGGAAGCGGCGCAAUGGGUCAACUACCACGGCCUCGCCUCUGACCACCCCGGGAGGUCUGGACCAAAUCUUCAAUCUCACCUCCAGGAACAAGCGGGACGUGAGGACGGUCAAGAAGUUCAUUGAAGUCGCCCUGGUGCUGGACAAAGCUAUGUUUGAUCUCCGAGAAGAGUCUUCGAGGAAAGAAGUGAUACAUGAUGCUAUCCAAGUGGCCAAUAUCGCCGAUUUGUACUUUAAGAAUUCUUUGAACACACGUCUAUCGUUGGUAUAUAUCGAGACUUGGCAAGACCAGAAUCAGGCCGCCGGAUUCGCCCGCCAGAGGAGCAUCAACCAGGCUCUGGUGGACUUUAGCGAUUAUGUGGGAAGGAAGCUCUACAAAAUCGACCGGGACACGACCCAACUGCUCACGGGACAAAAGUUCGACGGGGGUCGCUCCACCAUUUCCACCGUGGGAACGAUUUGUGCCGGAAAGGCAGUGGGUAUCAGCGUGGACAUUGACAUUUUCGAGCCGCACAUCUUGGCCGCUAAUUUAGCUCAUGCCAUUGGGCACAACCUUGGAUUCCGACAUGAUGAAGACGGAGCCUCCAACUUUUGUGGAUGCCAAGACUGGCACGGGUGCAUUAUGAAACCAACCGUGAUCGGAGAGGAAGGCAUCCAGCCGUACAAGUUCAGUGCAUGCUCUUCUGAGCAGUUUCAGCAAUGGAUGGGAGAUGGUCACGCUCUUUGUCUCCUGAAUAAGCCCAAUCAGUUGGCUGACUUCGGCUCUUGCGGGAAUGGCGUCAUUGAUGAUGGGGAGGAUUGCGAUUGUGGAAGCACCGAGGAAUGCGAGUCCAAGGAUCCUUGCUGUGAUCCGGUAACGUGUCGUCUCAAACGUGAAUCCGAAUGUUCGACCGGGCCCUGUUGUGAUAGUUGCAAGCUCCGCCCUGCCGGAUUUCCAUGCCGCGAGUCUAAUAAUGAGUGCGAUCUCACCGAGAUUUGCACGGGGUUCAGUGGUCAAUGUCCCCCUGACCUCUUUGUGAAAAACGCAGUUCCUUGUCACCAGGGCAAAGGGUAUUGCUUCAACGGAGAUUGUCCCUUGAUGACUGAUCAAUGUCAGGCCAUUUGGGGACGGAUGGCCGACAAGGCCGAGGAAUCUUGUUUCCAGCAGUUCAACACCGGUGGCACAUUUAAUGGGAAUUGUGGGAAAAUCCGGUUCAGUGGACAAUACAAACCCUGUGAACAAGCGAAUAUUGAAUGCGGAACGUUGCACUGCCAGGGAGGGAAUAACAAACCCACCAUAAGUCAAGGAACAUAUACAACGCACACUCAGACGUUCAACGGGAAGGAGGUCCAUUGCAAGAUCAUGGGGACCGAAUUUAACGACAUGGGAGAGGACUAUGGGAUGAUCCAAGACGGCACGAGAUGUGGCAAUGAAAUGAUUUGCUUGAACCAAUCCUGUAUCAGUAUUCGUCCCAUGAUGAGCUACACACGGUGUCCGGCAGAUUCCCAAAACAUUGAAUGCGCCGGCAGAGGGAUUUGCUCAAACAUGAACACCUGCGUAUGUGCUGAAGGAUUCACGGGUCCGGAUUGCUCCAAGGUGUCGACCACGUUGCCUCCACCCUUUUAUCCCCCCACACUUCCGCCGAUGCAUCCAACCCCGGUUUCCUCUUUCAUCGACGUAACACCUUCGAACACCUAUAUACUGAAAGAGUCCGAUAGUGACACAAUUAUCAUGGUUGUUAUCCUUGUGGCCAGCGUCGGCACGGUGUUCAUGCUCUUUGCCCUCAUGGCCUUAUGUUAUAGGCGAAAAUCUGCCAUGCCUAAAUAUGAGCCACCGUACAUGAAGAGAAACAUGAUGAGAGGCUACAGCCAUCCGAACAGUCCUCAUCCUAGCCAGCAUUUAACUCCCGAUCACACAUUCGACGAUGGGAGCAAACUGAGCCUUGGAGGAUUUCCUUCUGGGACAUACAGAUCUGCAGAAUGCCAUGCCUGUUCAAAAGGCCAAAGAGAGCACAGUUUACAACAGAUGAAGCGAAUGGGGAAUCAUGGUGGACCUAUGAUGGGAUCUUCAUCGAUGCUAGCCGACCCCAACUACCAAUCAGAGAAAGGUGGCAUUCUCAAGAAACCUGGUCCGUACGGUCCAAUGGAUGCCGCUGCUUUGGAGAAGGAUAAGUGGAUGGAGGAGAAUGCAGAGAGGUUCAGUCGGAUGGACAGAAUGGACCGAAUCUCUACCUCAAGUCAAAACCAGUUGACUGAUCGGGGACCGCCUCAUAUCCCGCAUGAUGCGCGCAGUCUUUCUGAAGUUGAGCGGACCCUUAAGUCUUUGAACGGUUACCAUGAAGGCAUCUUGGAAGCCUUGAGGAGCGCUGCCGCCUCCUCCUCCCACCGAGGCUCAAAUACCAGUAGUGGUGGAGGCGUGGGAGAUCGACUCCCACCACCUCCACCUCCUCAUGGAGGAACCAGUUCGUUUGGUGCUCACCGCAGUAGCACGGCCUCUCUCUCAGAAGAGUUACGGAAGCAACUCACUGAAGGCUACAUCGACUCAUAUGGCCGCGGUGGAGGCGGUGGUGGUGGCGGCGGUGUUGGUGGAGUGAUGGGAGGAGCCGACUUGGUUGCCGCUAUGGCCGCUACUCUCAAAAGAAGCUCUAGGGAGAAAUUAGACAAUGUACAGCAACAGCAAUCAAGUGAUCAUGAUGCUCCGGGUCCCAUUCGGAUCAGGAAUCUGGAGGAUCUGAUUCGGCAACUGGAGCACAGUUCAAGGCACAUGAGCCCCAGUGGAUCUGAGGAUAUCAGAGAAUCUGAGGCUGAGAGGCAUUUCAGGGCUAUGGCUCAAGGCCUAGUUUCCUCCAUGCGUAACCCUCCAACCGAGUCCGAGACAGACUCCAUUGAAAGUAUUUAUAAACAACUCAGUGGGCCUCCCCGUGCCCAGAACACACAAGUAAGCACCCAACGGGCAUGCUUAGUUGUACCAAAGAAUCUCAAUCAGGAUCGAGAGGAUCAAGCUUUCGGAAUAGGCCACUACCAUCACCACACGCCUUCCAAUAGUGGGGCAGCUGGGGGAACAUUGGGGAGGGAUCGGGACCGGGACCGGGAGGCAGCCCAUCGGAGACGAUCUUCCGCUGGGGGAACUGGUGGCCCGGGCUCUCCUGUGGCUAGUCAUGGGUCGGCCAACUCGAGCCUCAAGUUUCGAUCGUCCCGUUUGAGUGGCUUAGAUGGAUGUGGGAACCGCAUCUCCCCGCCGCGCACCCCUCGUGCCUACGGACAAGUCACAGGUGGAGCUGGGGCAGAGUUAUUUGAUCCCAAUGGAGGUGUAGACACGAUUUCACCCGGAGAUGGUGGUCUCACCCCGGGGUCCACCUUUGAUGCCUCAGAAGUUGACAGGUGUGUACGCCGGGGAUCUUCAGGGCCCCCGUCAAGCAAUAUGGCCGGCGGCCAUUCCUCAUCCACUGCUGGGGUUAGCCCAAGCAGUGGACAGUUGAUGCAAAUAUUUACCCGCAGUCACGAGGAGAGUCGAAGCGAGGACUACCUGAGGGCCCAGCUAAUGCGCUCCACCUCAGAUGAGGCCGUCAAUUCAAAAAGUGAGGAUCUUGAAGAUGACGUAGAUUCCAUUCGAUCGCCUUUCUACAAACCCCGCACGCCCCUUCGUUACCCACUCUCCCCGCAAAGCCCUCCCAGCGACGAGUCCUCCUACCAGGGAUCAAUUCCAGGUUCCGCCCCCUCAGAUCGCUCUUACAAUGGGGGUGGUAACAUCUACACAUCUGGUUUAAGUGAAGGCUCCAGAGACUCUCUUGAGACUUCAGACAUUCAGAAUGCUCUUCGAGGCUCUGGGUUUUAUGUGCCAGAUUACAAACACUAACAACCACAAGUGCGACCCUGAUGAAGUGAAGAAUCCACGGGGCUUUUGGAAAGUUUGGCGCGUAAUUUGAAAAUUGCUCACUCCAACAUCUACUUACAACCCGACAUUGCUAUCAUUACUGAAUGGUCAUCACCACUAUGAACUAGGUUAAUCUUCACAAAUAUGAUUGCAGUACCCUAGCUAGUCUAAUUCAGCUACUCCUAGCGAAUUGAAUGUGUUCAUUUCAACGUAUACAUACCACACCAGAAGAACUCAGAACAGACGAACGAACAGAUGGCCAAACCAUUGCAUGCCGGAAGAUGAAUGGUUUUUAUUGAAUAUUCAAUGCAAAUGCGGAUGCGUGACAGAGAACUUAAUUUGCAUGAUUUGUCAACAUAAUGCUCACCAUUGCAAUGCGCGAGUAAGCCAGCCCCAGCUCACUGAUGAAGUGGGGAGCAUUUUCUUUGUUUUAGUGUCGCCAAACGUAUGUAAAGAUGUCAGAUUUGUUGAAUUGGCAGGAAAAAUUUGUUUAACGCUAGGAUUGUGAAAUGUCGAAUGUCAAUUGUCCACUUUCCUGGCAGGAGCUGCUGACUUGAACACAAAAAUCCAAUGUCCCGCUUUUUUACAACAGUAACAACAAUGUAUAUAGCACAAUUUUGACUACGGUGCGUGCACUUCGGUUGCGCCGCCCUAGACCAUCGAUCUCUAGACCACAGCCACCAUCAUCAAGAACAUCCUUGUUCCAAGUGUUUUUUCAUGAAAAUGGUUAUUUCACAAACAUCUUUUUGCCCGCGAAAAUCGUGCACACUUCUCUCCAUUGGCGCACGUUUUCUCCACUUAUGGUUCCUGGCCAAAUUGCACAAGUUGAUAAUACUGGUAUCUUGAACAUACUAUUAUUACAAGAGACAAGGCAAACCAAACCAAUAUUUCUAUCCCUCAAUCCCCCUUCGUUCUUAGCCCUCCCUUGUCAUUACUUUGAAAAACGAGACAGCUCUUUGUACGUACUAUCAUCAUACAUGAAAUAUACUUCACAUGUGAAUAUAUCAA